ACCACCAACCCCAUUCUUAUAUCUCUCUCCCAAAACACACACUCUCUUUCUCUCUGUUUUUCUCACCAAUCCCCAUUCACUUUUCAAACUUCAACACAUUCAACAAUGGCAUCAAGCAAUGACAUCCCAACAACAGGCAAAGGUCUAAUCGUAAGCUUCGGUGAGAUGCUAAUCGACUUCGUUCCAACAGCUUCCGGCGUAUCACUCGCCGAAGCACCAGGCUUUCUGAAAGCUCCCGGAGGUGCACCGGCAAACGUUGCAAUCGCCAUCACGAGACUCGGUGGUAAUUCAGCUUUCGUCGGUAAACUUGGAGACGAUGAAUUCGGUCACAUGCUCGCUGGGAUCUUGAAAGAAAACGGUGUUAAAGAUGAAGGGAUAACUUUUGAUGAAGGUGCAAGAACUGCUUUGGCUUUUGUUACUCUACGCGCUGAUGGAGAGCGUGAGUUUAUGUUUUAUAGAAAUCCUAGUGCUGACAUGCUUCUUAAACCUGAAGAACUUAACCUUGAACUCAUCAGAUCUGCAAAAGUUUUCCAUUAUGGAUCAAUAAGCUUGAUCGUUGAGCCAUGCAGAUCAGCACACUUGAAGGCACUGGAAGUGGCCAAAGAGGCUGGUUGCCUUUUAUCCUAUGAUCCAAACCUCCGUCUACCAUUGUGGCCCUCAGCCGAUGAAGCUCGCAAGCAAAUACUGAGUAUAUGGGAAAAGGCUGAUUUGAUCAAGGUUAGUGAUAAUGAGCUGGAGUUCUUGACUGGAAGUGACAAAAUUGAUGAUGAGACUGCUUUGACAUUGUGGCACCCCAAUUUGAAGUUGCUCCUUGUCACUCUUGGUGAACAUGGCGCAAGAUACUACACCAAGAAUUUCCAUGGAACAGUAGAAGCAUUCCAUGUCAAUACAGUUGAUACAACCGGUGCCGGUGAUUCCUUUGUUGGUGCUCUAUUGGCCAAGAUUGUUGAUGAUCAGUCCAUACUAGAAGAUGAACCAAGGUUAAGAGCAGUACUUAAGUUUGCAAAUGCAUGUGGAGCAAUCACAACUACUAAAAAGGGAGCAAUUCCUGCUCUUCCUAAGGAGGAGGAUGUACUCAACCUGCUCAAUGCAUAGAUUUCUUUAACAUAUUUUGUUUUCUUUGUUUCACCUUUUCGUUGGUGUUGCUUUUACUCAAUCUAAGAGGGAAUUUGUCUCUAAUUUUCUUUGUUUCUUCCCUUUAUUUUCUGAAUUGACAGCAAAAACAUAUGCUGAGUUUGGCGAAAUAAUGUUUCUUGAAUUUUGA